AUGAAACUGCAUGAAAAUCAGCCCACACAUAUAGUUUCUUUGAAGCACACUGAGUUAAGCGAGGAAGAUGAAGAGUGGCGGAAGCAAAGAGGUGGCCAACCCUUUACCUGGCAGAGGGGUAUAGAAGAAAUCACGAAACGUUUUGAUGCUGUCGGUGCUACUCACCCUCCAGGAUGGGGACCACGUGCUCCUCACUGUGCCUGGUUGAAGACGUUGAAAGAUAUGGCUUCUAACCGAUAUCGGUGCUGA